AUGGUCGACCAGUCUGCGCCUUCUGGCGCCAAGGAUGCCGUUCUCGUCAAGUCCGAGGAGAUGCCCGCCGACGCCCAAAAGGUGGAGGAGCUCGACUUCAACAAGCUCAAGGGUCCCAUCACAGCACACGAUCUCUUCAUGGGCAUGCGUCACAUGGGCUUCCAGGCUUCAGCCAUGAGCGAGGCCAUUCGAAUUAUAAAUGAUAUGCAAGACUGGAAAGACCCAGAGACUGGUGACAAGACCACCAUCUUUCUCGGCUACACCUCUAAUUUGAUAUCGUCGGGCCUCCGCGGCGUGUUGCGCUGGCUGGUCGAACACAAGCACGUCUCCGCCAUUGUUACAACCGCUGGCGGCAUCGAGGAGGACUUCAUCAAGUGCCUCGGCGAAACGUACAUGGGGUCUUUUAGCGACGUCGGCGCCAACUUGCGCAAACGUGGUCUCAACCGCAUCGGAAACCUAGUUGUGCCCAACGCCAACUACUGUGCCUUUGAGGACUGGGUUGUGCCCAUCCUCGACAAGAUGCUCGAGGAGCAAGAGGCCAGUAAGGGCACCGACGACGAGAUCAAUUGGACGCCGUCCAAAAUCAUCCACCGCCUCGGCAAAGAGAUCAACGACGAGCGCUCCGUCUACUACUGGGCCUACAAGAACGGCAUUCCCGUCUUCUGCCCCGCACUGACCGACGGCAGCCUCGGCGAUAUGCUCUACUUUCACACCUUCAAGUCCUCGCCCCAGCAGCUCAAGGUCGACAUUGUCGAGGACAUUCGCAAGAUUAACACCAUUUCCGUGCGCGCCAAGAGGGCUGGCAUGAUCAUUCUGGGAGGCGGCAUCGUCAAGCACCACAUUGCCAACGCGUGCCUCAUGCGCAACGGUGCAGAGUCCGCAGUAUACAUCAACACGGGACAGGAAUUUGAUGGUAGUGAUGCUGGCGCCAGACCAGAUGAGGCAGUCUCGUGGGGCAAGAUCAAAAUCGGCGCAGACAGUGUUAAGGUAUAUAUGGAGGCUACAGCUUGUUUCCCAUUCAUUGUGGCCAACACCUUUGCCAAGGAUAUUUAA